ACAUAAUACACUAGUGAACUUGAACACGCACCGACUGCGGUAAAUUGGAUGGGAGUGUAGAAGCCUUUGCGCCGGCUUCCCCACACACUAGUCACGACCCAGAGGCUUGGAUGCUGCUGAUGGCUCAUUAGCCCAGUUCCGUGGGAGCCUGUGAGCAUGCACUCUUUUUUACUUUUAUUAUUUGGCUGAUGCCUUUAUCCAAAGCAACUUAAAAGAAAGAAUACAAGAAAAUUAUUUUAAACAGUGCUAACUAUAAAAGUAAACAUUUCUGUCUGUGAAAGUGUGUGGUGUCUAACAAAAAUAAAUAAAUAAACUACAUUCAAUUGAUAAUUAGCUAGGGCUAUUGGAAAAUAGAACUGUACUGAUAAAAUAUAUUAUCUUUGUAUUGUAAAUAUCAACCCAAUCUUGUAGAAAGACAGAAAAUGUUGUAAUAUUAUAUGUAUAUUUAUUUAUACAGUGUUUUCGCCAUUAUUGUGAAAAUCAUGUCUUUUGAAAAACUGAGUAGAACUACAUGAUGACGUGUGAUGAGUAUUCAGUAGAAUUAGUAAAUAUAUCAUAAACAUUCUUUAACAGUAGAUGAUAUAAUUGUUAUAUUAAUUAAAAUAAUUUCAAAGGUUGAGAUCUUAAGACAUUUUAAACAAGUUUACCAAUGUCAUUAAUAACAACAAAUAUCUCUGUGGUAACUACCAUACUAUUUAUAACACAAUGUGCCCACCCACAUUAUCUUGCUUCUUUUUACAUUACAGCGUAAAUUCGAUACAUCUAAUUUAUCCAAUGAAUGAAUCAAUUGCUUUCAGAGGAGAAACUGAAAUACAAAAUAACCAUUUUGAGAACUAACAAAACAGUUCAGACAUAAUAGUUUAUUUUUGUAAAUGCAGAUGGGAAAAGCAAUAUUAGUAUGAGGCUUAUUGUAUCCUAGCCAAAGGCAGCACAAACUACAAGUGUCAUUGUAGUCAUGGAGACAGAAAUAUAAGUUCUGUAUUUGCAAAGACGUUGUUUUUUCACUGCAGAGAGCCCCUUUUACACCACAGACAGCAUGAAGGUCUGUCUCCAUGGUUUUUCAUAUGCAUUAAACAGGAGGAAGACAAAAUAUUACAUCACAGAACAAGGAUUGAAUGAAUGAUACUGUCACUGAUAUUCAAUGCUCUUUACAAUGCUUAUCAGAUAGAACUACAAAUAAAUGUGAUGACACCUUUCAUGUAUAUUUUUUGAAAGUGAUAAUUUAUGUACCCAAUAUAUAACACUUAUAUGAUCUACAUGAAUUUUUACUUCAUGUAGGAAAACACUGAAAGCUUUCAGUGGGUGAUGAUAAUUUAAUUGUGUAUUAGAUAGUAUUUCAGAAAAGGCAAUCUCAUGCACAAAAUUUCUGUCGUGAGUAACAUUACUGCCAAUGUGGACUGUACUUUAUCUCACUCAUGUGAAGCAAUGGCCCCUAGCGCCAUCUGGUGGUCGUAAGGUCAAUUACUGUGUUAGGCUAACGUACGGCAAGCUUAAAGCUCCGUACAGACGUAUAAAUCCCUAAAGUGGUAUACAGUGCACCAAAUGAAGCCAAAAAAUGGCAUUUUUACGUAUGAUAAUAAGAAAAACAAAUAUUAUUGUAUUCUUUCAUAUGUAACCAAAUUUUACUAGGAUUAACAUAAAGAAAUGUAUGUCUGUGACAUACUGGUUCUUCUGCUCCAUCAUUCUGGUUAUUUCGCAUCUCUAGCAGCCAAACACUUAAUAAAAGCAUUAGCCUUUUUCUUAAAAUUUCUUCUCAAGUGUUCGGCAAAACAUUUUUUUUUACAGUUUUUCAAUGAAAUGAGGUUGAAUAAAUGAAGACAGUUUUUAUUCGUGGUAAACUAUUCCUUCAGUCUUAACAUGCAACAAGUAACAUGUGUUACUUUUUGUAAUGAUAACGUUUUAUUUACAAAAUGCUAAUUAUAGUUAUUAUUAUUUUACAAAAGACAUGGAAAGCACAACAGUUAAACGUUGCAAAUAUAUUUUACAUGUGAUUAUAAGAUUAUGCAAUAUACGUCUGCGAUGGUGCACAUACUGCGUGUGACGUAGGCGAUGAACAACCAAUAGCAAGAUACAUAUGCGCAGCAGAGUUGCGCAGUUGCUAUGUGAGGAGCGCAGCCAUUACACAUGGUCCUAAAUCUUUACAAACCGUCGGACAGAUUACAUUGCUUAAACACUUUUUUUGUGCAAAAACCUUCCAAUUAUACCGAUGUUAGCUCAAAUUUGGGGAGUUUUAUACAUUUCUGCGCAGGAAAGUUGUGAAGCAACCUGGUUAGUAAAGUAUUGCCAGGUUCAGCGUGUUUGCUAGUGCCAGUAUAGGUUCACGUUUUGCGAAUAUUUUUCUUAUCGCAUACACGGUUUAAUUUACAUCAUAGUCGUGUAAUAAUGGGCACACCUCUUAGAAAUGAAUCGUCUGCAGGUAGUUGCGAUGACCUCACAACUGCAACCGACUCGACUGCAAUCUUGUCUUCUGCACGAGCUCUACAGCAAGGAGAGCAACUAAAGGCCCCGACUCCUGUUUUGCUGUAUGUUAACAGUGCUAUAUCAUCACCCUCAAUAUUUACCAAUAGAGACAAUAAAGUCCCUCAUGGUGGUCAAGGAACUGAAGCAGUUUCGACAUCAUCUGAGUUUACCCAUGGGGCUAUUGUGCACCUCAUUGAAGCAAUGCAAAAGUGCAAGGAUGUAUAUAGCUCCCGUGAGCGCGCACUUCUCUUCCAGAGUGUUCAGAAAGAACUGGAGAGCCACGGAUAUUCCUUACCUAUAGAGAAGAUUCGUCGCAAAUGGAAUAACCUCAUCGUUACGUACAAGAGGGUUAAAGAUCGUAGUUCAUUGUGUGGGGGACCGACAAAGACCUCAUGGGAGUACUUUGAGAUGAUGGAUAAUAUUUUAGGGCAAAACAGAUUUGUUCAAACAAGCCCUGCCUCAGCCACUUUUGUUGGAUUUGCAACCACAACUAAAGCCGCUGGAAAAUCCACAGGACGUUCAUCUAACAGCGUGCCAGUGGCUGCAAUGACCACCCCAUGCCUGCUUCCCAGUGGUAUUAUCACAACAUCUUCCCAGAUCCCUACAGUGGUGACUUCCCCAGUGCUGUGCAAAGUUACCCCCAAAUCAAAGCCCAGUAUCUCUUAUAGCACAGACACACCAUUGCCCUCCAUUUCAAGCAGGCCAGGUUCACUGGUAAGCCGUCAGCCGCUGAAACGUAAAUUAAGGCAUCUUCGGCUCAACUCAAUGGCUACACGGGCAGCCCAGCACAAUAGCCAAGCUGGGGAACGCACUUCGAUGCUUCGGAAUUUUCUCAGCAGUCAAGAUGAGCGUACUGAGUUAGAAGAGCAACGUCAGUGCAAGAUAGAUACACGAGAACGGCGCAAGGAAAAAAGUGCACGUGUGAUGGCUGAUGCUAUGGGAACGAUGGCAACGGCACUGGAGUUGAUCUCAUCUAAGCAGGAUACCAUUAUCGCUCUACUUCAGAGACUCGCUGACAAGCAUUAAGAAAAAAAUCACCUUCCUUUUUCUCUUUUUUUUAUAUUACCUAAAUGCUGAACUAAGUUUCAUUUUAGUUGCAUUGUGAAGUGUAAAUGCAAUCAAAAUUCUAAAAGUAAUCAUUAAGUCUACAUUGUAGAUAUGAUUUUUUUGGCCUGUUCAAAAAACUUGAUAUCAUAUAGUGUGUAAAAAUUAAUACAUUUACUUAAUACAUGUAUUUUUAACUUGUUAACAAUAUGUAUAAUGCAGAAAAUAGUUAGAACGGAGAUUGAGUGAAUAUUAGGUCAUAUGUUUGUUAAAUAAAAUACUGGUUUUCACUUUUCAAAAUAGUUUAAAAUAAUAAACGAGUGAAAAAAGAAAAAUUGUAU